AUGGAACCCCAGAAACUGCUGAGCAUUGCAUUUCUGCUAUGCUCUCUGACUUGCCUCUUAUUGGAAACUAUAGUUUCCUCUGUGUUACCUUCAUCUGCCUUUGGAAUACAAGACAAAGCAGGAUUGAAACCUCGCUCAAGGGAAAACCACAGGUCCUGGCAGAGUAACUUCAGAGAUUACUUAUGGGAUCUCAUCAAAAUUUCCAUACCUCCAGCAGCCAUUUUUGCUUUUGUUGUCAGCACAGCACUAAUGGGGAUCCUCUGCUGCCUCACUAUUCUUGUAGGUGAACCAGACUAAUGAAGUAGUAGAAAAUUCAGCUGGGC